CGCCGGUCGCCUGUCGCCGCGCCGGGCAUGCCUCGGGAGCCGGGGCGGCCCGGGCCGCGGGCGCUCUGCGGCGCAUGGACGGCGGCGGCGCCGGGCGAGCAGCGGGAGGAGAAGGCGCAGGCGGCGGCGGAAGCGACGACCCACGGCUGGGAACACCGGCGGCGCGAGGGGACGGCCGGCCGCCGGCGAGGCUCCGGCCCCACUACUUUUCCGUAGCCUCCCACCUCAGCAGCACGGCCACGGCCGCCGCCGCCGCCGCCACGGCCACGGCCACGGCCCCGGCCGCCGCCCGCCGGGCAGCCCAGAGCGCCGCGCACGGCCGCACUCUCCCGCCACCCCACGCACACGCACACCCCCGCCCGCCCACGCCCCCCACCCGGGAGGGGGGAGAGAGGCAAAAAGUAAGAGAGGAAAAAAAAUAGCAGGAAGAUGGCGCCCACCAAGCCCAGCUUUCAGCAGGAUCCUUCCAGGCGAGAACGAAUAACUGCCCAGCAUCCUCUGCCCAACCAAUCAGAAUGUAGGAAAAUCUACAGAUAUGACGGAAUCUACUGUGAAUCUACCUACCAGAAUUUACAAGCAUUGAGAAAGGAGAAAUCCCGAGAUGCUGCUCGCUCCCGCCGGGGAAAAGAAAACUUUGAGUUCUAUGAAUUGGCCAAGUUGUUGCCUCUUCCUGCAGCCAUUACCAGCCAGCUCGACAAGGCAUCCAUCAUUCGACUUACAAUUAGCUAUCUGAAAAUGAGGGACUUUGCUAACCAGGGGGACCCUCCGUGGAACUUGCGAAUGGAAGGCCCUCCACCUAACACAUCAGUAAAAGUUAUAGGUGCACAGCGAAGGAGAAGCCCCAGUGCACUAGCCAUUGAAGUAUUUGAAGCACAUUUGGGAAGCCACAUUUUGCAGUCCCUGGAUGGCUUUGUAUUUGCACUAAAUCAAGAAGGAAAAUUUUUAUACAUUUCCGAAACAGUCUCCAUCUACCUAGGCCUCUCACAAGUGGAGCUGACAGGCAGCAGUGUCUUUGACUAUGUCCACCCCGGAGAUCACGUGGAGAUGGCUGAGCAGCUGGGCAUGAAGCUCCCCCCUGGGCGGGGUCUCCUGUCGCAGGGCACUGCUGAGGAUGGAGCCAGCUCAGCAUCUUCCUCCUCUCAGUCGGAGACCCCCGAGCCAGUGGAGUCAACCAGCCCCAGUCUGCUAACCACUGACAACACUCUUGAGCGUUCCUUUUUCAUCCGAAUGAAAUCUACUCUGACCAAACGCGGUGUGCACAUCAAAUCAUCAGGAUAUAAGGUGAUUCACAUAACUGGCCGGCUACGCCUGAGAGUGUCGCUGUCCCACGGGAGGACCGUCCCCAGCCAAAUCAUGGGUCUCGUGGUUGUUGCGCAUGCCUUGCCUCCCCCUACGAUCAAUGAAGUCAGAAUUGACUGCCAUAUGUUCGUCACUCGAGUAAAUAUGGACCUCAAUAUCAUUUACUGUGAAAAUAGGAUUAGUGAUUAUAUGGAUCUGACCCCUGUAGAUAUCGUAGGGAAGAGAUGCUACCACUUCAUCCAUGCUGAAGACGUGGAGGGCAUCAGGCACAGUCACUUGGACUUGCUGAAUAAGGGUCAGUGUGUGACAAAGUACUAUCGCUGGAUGCAGAAGAACGGAGGAUAUAUUUGGAUACAGUCCAGUGCCACCAUAGCUAUUAAUGCCAAGAACGCAAAUGAAAAGAAUAUCAUCUGGGUGAAUUACCUUCUUAGCAAUCCUGAAUACAAGGACACACCCAUGGACAUCGCACAGCUCCCCCAUCUGCCGGAGAAAACUUCCGAAUCCUCGGAGACAUCCGACUCUGAGUCAGACUCUAAAGACACCUCAGGUAUUACAGAGGACAACGAGAACUCCAAGUCCGACGAGAAGGGGAACCAGUCCGAGAACAGCGAAGACCCGGAGCCCGACCGGAAGAAGUCGGGCAACGCGUGUGACAACGACAUGAACUGCAACGACGACGGCCACAGCUCCAGUAACCCGGACAGCCGCGACAGCGACGACAGCUUCGAGCACUCGGACUUUGAGAACCCCAAGGCGGGCGAGGACGGCUUCGGUGCUCUGGGCCCGAUGCAGAUCAAGGUGGAGCGCUACGUGGAGAGCGAGUCGGACCUGCGGCUGCAGAACUGCGAGUCACUCACGUCCGACAGCGCCAAGGACUCGGACAGCGCGGGCGAGGCAGGCGCGCAGGCCUCCAGCAAGCACCAGAAGCGCAAGAAAAGGCGGAAACGGCAGAAGGGCGGCAGCGCCAGCCGCCGGCGCCUGUCCAGCGCGUCGAGCCCAGGCGGCCUGGACGCGGGCCUGGUGGAACCCCCGCGGCUGCUGUCCUCCCCCAACAGUGCCUCGGUGCUCAAGAUCAAGACGGAGAUCUCGGAACCCAUCAAUUUCGACAACGACAGCAGCAUCUGGAACUACCCGCCCAACCGGGAGAUCUCUAGGAACGAGUCCCCCUACAGCAUGACCAAGCCCCCCAGCUCUGAGCACUUCCCGUCCCCGCAGGGCGGCGGCGGUGGUGGGGGUGGCGGCGGCGGCGGCGGCGGGGGGCUGCACGUGGCCAUCCCCGACUCGGUCCUCACCCCGCCCGGCGCCGACGGCGCGGCCGCCCGCAAGACUCAGUUCGGCGCCUCGGCCACCGCGGCCCUGGCCCCCGUCGCCUCCGACCCGCUGUCACCCCCGCUCUCGGCGUCCCCGCGGGACAAGCACCCCGGGAACGGCGGCGGGGGCGGGGGUGGCGGCCCCAGUGCGUCCAACUCCUUGCUGUACACUGGGGACCUGGAGGCGCUGCAGAGGUUGCAGGCGGGCAACGUCGUGCUCCCGCUGGUGCACAGGGUGACCGGGACCCUGGCCGCCACCAGCACGGCCGCGCAGAGGGUCUACACCACGGGCACCAUCCGCUACGCGCCCGCCGAGGUGACCCUGGCCAUGCAGAGCAACCUGCUGCCCAACGCUCACGCUGUUAACUUCGUGGACGUUAACAGCCCCGGCUUUGGCCUCGACCCCAAGACGCCCAUGGAGAUGCUCUACCACCACGUGCACCGGCUCAACAUGUCAGGACCGUUCGGCGGUGCAGUGAGCGCAGCUAGCCUGACGCAGAUGCCCGCCGGCAACGUGUUCACCACGGCCGAGGGACUCUUCUCCACGCUGCCCUUCCCCGUCUACAGCAACGGCAUCCAUGCGGCACAGACUCUGGAGCGCAAGGAGGACUGAGGCGCCGCCCGUCCGGGGCCCGGCCAGGCCCCGCUUGGAGGAGGCAUCGUCGGCAUUUUCGUUUAGACCUUUAAUUCUAGCACUUUGAAUUCGAGCAGGUCAGCGUCUUCUCUCGCCACGACGGUCCCCAUUCCACUCCCUCUUUCUUUCACCUGACUUAUUCUUUCGUGUAAAGAUAUGUUUAUUUUUUGCCUUCAGAGGGUCAGACGACCAGUUGCCUGCCGUUUUGUCUUCUUCUAAGAUGUGUGUUGGGUUGUUUUGCUUUCCUUUGCAUCUUUAUUAAGAUGUCUUUCAUGUGUAUAUGCCUCUGCCAUAGAAUACUCAGUCUUGUGGUCAAGAGAGUUCUCAAGUGACAACCAUUGGGGUUUCUUCAUAAAGAUCUUGAUAUGAUCAAGAUGGAAAGAGACAAGCAUAAACAAUGUGCCCUGUUUGACUAAGUCAAAUGAAAUGGGGUGGUUUUUUGUUUCUGUUCCUAAUUCCUUUAAAAAAUAGGGGGAAUAGUAUUUUAGAAUUUUAUGCAGAAUUUAAUUCUCUUUUUACGGUUAAGAUUUUAAGAUUUUCUUACUUGCACAUAAAAAUAAUUUGGGUUCUUAAACUUAAUUUCUGGCCUGUGACUAGAAUGUUUAAAAAAAAAAGUCGGACUAAAUGUUAAUUACUGAAACAUUAACUUAAUUUCUAAAACCAUGGUGCUAUCAUUUAUUAAUCUGUAAUGUCUUCAUACAAAAUGCAGCUCCUGGGCUGGGUUUUGGGGGAAAAAAAAAAAUGUGUUCUGUCCUGGUCUGGAGUCCGUUGCUGCAGUCUCCUUGGUUAGUUAAGACAAAGCCCUCAUUAACGUUUGCUGCAGGACUUAAAAUUUUUUACCUCCCAACUAACAAACAUAGCCUCACAUUAAAUUUAAUGGGUCAGUAAAGCCCUUUUUAAAGGGGCUGCUGGAAAACUCAAUCAAACUGAUUUGAGGAGCAGUUUAGGUACAUACUGCCUUUUGUUUAGCUUUUUGUUUUCCUUACUCAGUCUAACUGAGGCUAAUUUUGCAACUUCAAUAACACUUCAGAGUAAAAGAAGGAAAAUACUUAACAUGUUUUUGGUUUUUUUCAUUUCUUGCUUAAAAAAAGGAAGGUUGUAUUUUGGGGGAUUGGUUUGAUUUGAUGGAAUUUCUUUCCCUUUGGUUCUUAUUUCUGGGUUGAAACCAGUAAGUUUUAAAACUAAAGAAUGGGUUAAUAAGCUUCAGACAGAUAACUGCAACUGAAAACUGCACAUUAAGUAAAAAAAAAAAAAAAAAGAAAAAAAAGGAAAAAGAAAAAGAAAAAAAAUCCUAUUUUGUCUUUGUUGCCAGAAAUCAGUGUGGUGUCAAACACUCCAAAUGACUGUCAAGUAUAAAUUCUUCUUCCACUUCAUUUUUGGCAGCUGUUUGUUAAGGCAUCUAAUAACAGAUGUGAGAACUGUAAUGUGUACAAUGUGUACGUGUCCUUGGCUGUCAGUCCCAUUGCAGUUUCAAUGUGUGUUUCUAUAUGCAGUAUAUACUAAGCUAAUGUAGUUGUUUUGUCCUUUGUCUUAUCUGUGCUCUAUCUCUAGUCUGGAGUGGUACAGUCCCAUUCCUGCAGUCCUAGUGAAUCAGUGAUUCUUGGGGGUUAGUGGGUUUUGUGUGGUGGCCUUCCUCUGUAAUGUCACCCUAUGCUGCUUCUACUGUCUGUGAAUCUUCCGUUUUACCUUUUAAAAUUCCUGCUGUUGCUUUGCUGGUGUAUAUUCUCCCUACCUCUCCUCUCUUGCCUCCCUUUCCCAUCUCCCCCUCUCCCUCCUCUUCGUUCCUUCCCCAUCCCCAUCCCCAAAAUCUCUUUCAUUCUCAGAGAUAAAAAGACUCUUAACUAGCUCAAGGUUAAUGGAGCCAUUUUUCCCACAACGGAAUUCUGGGUAUGACUCUGUCUUCUGGAGUGCGACACAAAGCACUGAAGAAUAAUGCUCAGAUAUAUUAAAUAAAUUGAUGCCAUAUAGCCUCAGUUGUUAACAUUCCCAGAGUCCCUUGUGCUCUACCUAUAAGCAGUGGGUGCUUUUCUUUGGUUUCCUUUCAGGUUGGCUGAUGGAGCAAUAUAUAAAGCAAUUACCACUGAGACAGAAAAUUCUUUCAAAGGUCAACCAACAUUUUUAAGAAACAAAAUGGGAGGGGAUAAUGGAAUCUAGAAUUGUCAUAUAUAUUUGUUUACUUGUGCAAUGCUAAUAUAGUAACUCGGCUGUCCUUUGAAUAUCACUGUGUUGAGUAGAUUCCUCUAGGACCUUUGAUUUCAUGAGUUGGGCCCAAACCACGGUGGGAUAAUAACAAAAAGAAGUUAAAUGCCACAAAUUUUAAUACUGAGCUUACUUGAAGGAUUUAAGGAGGUUUACAAGGUGAAGAAGGCCGAUGGAGAAAUUUACAGAUUAAUUUUGGAAGCUCUACUCUAGCUAUCGAACAAUCAAAGGAAUGCACCUAUCAGCUACAAAGAACAGCUAGACAGCUGUUUUUUUUCUUUUAUAAAUGUUUCUGUGUUGUGUCAAAAUGAUUUCUGGUGAUUUAAACUAACAGAUAAUCACAGCUGCUGUCUAAAUCCAUAGUGUUGAAAAUUACAAAAUGAAAAAAAAAAAACACUUCAUUACCUGUGAAGACUGUGUCUGUGUUUUUAACUAUUUCUUGUACAAAUAUAUGAAAACUUUUAUGAGGAGACUGGUGCCAAGUAGCUGAAUAAUGGGGAAAGGGAUAUUCUGUUCGUAAAAAUCUUAGCAGUGUUACCAACUCUACGAUAUAUAUAUAAAAAAAUAAUUAAAACGUUACAAAGCGACAGCUAUGGUACAUUUGUUUUGUGUGAAGCUAACCGGACCUAACUUCCUGAGUGCCUGGCUUAUUUUGAAACAUUUUUUUUCAUUGACCAUUGAUAAUGCUGCAAAUCAGAAAUGUACAUACUUCAUUUACAACAGGGUUCUUUUUAUACUUUUGUAGAUUCUCAUACAUGUCACAUACAUGGUUGUCUUUAUGUAACUUAAUUUUUUCAUCCGCAGGUGCCAUUUUCAUAAUAAACUUCUCUUGGAUUUGUUACUA